UUUGCGCACCACCACAACCGACGUUGGCUUCACGCGCGUGAUCGUCGUUUAACCGACCCUGUGGGAGGAAUUGGUAGUGGAGGGAUUGCAGGGAUUUAUCCCGUGUCUGAGUGCACGUGCGUGCGUGCGUCUGCGUGUGUGUCGCACGCGUGGACUACUAUUGCUGCUGUUAGGGUGAAGAGAGACAGAGGGUGUUGUUAUGUCCGUCUGCGAUACGUGUAAGUGAUUCUUAUUGCUGAUGUUGUUGUUGUGACGUGGCUUGUGUGGUAUAGCAUUUGCAGCGCGAUUGACAAACAGUGGAAUAUUAAACGGACUAACAGAAGGACGGAACAGACGGGUCGAAAGACUGACAUACAUAGAGACGGACAGGCAGACGGACAAACGGAAAGGAAGACGACAGCCCCGAAGACACAGGCAGACGGGAGGAAUAAAAAAACAACUCUAACGGAGGUACGGACCGACUUGGCGAACGUGCGGACUGUGUACACAUUACGGGCCAGAAGUCCGUUGCCAUCUCGUCCGCUUGCUCCAGUGUGGACAACGGUUCGAGCUUGGACCUUGAUGUGAAGAUCACACCGUGAGAUAACCUCUUUGUUUGAAAAACCACCGACACACGGGCAUAUGUAGCGUAUACAUGCAGUUUGCAUGCAGUCUACAUGCAGUAUAUUGGCAAGAAUUGAGUUUCCCCGUUUGGAGAAACUUCAUGUAACCAGGAUUGAUGGAUUUCCAACGGUGCAAGUGUUGAACAGCAACAGGAGUAGCAGCAAACUUCGUCACGAGCAACUUUCAUCACGGUCAACUGUUAUAACACGCAAAAUUUAUGAAAAGCGACGUUUGUCACAAGCUACUUUAAUCUCAAACAACUGUUGGAACAAGCAACUUUUAUUACAUGCAACUUUUAUCACCAACAACUACUACUCCCACCUAUCAAUAUCGUUAAUAGCCAGUUAGUUGCAUCAGCUGAAAAACGGACCAGCAAGCUGUACUGUGGCAUGCAACUAGUUUGAGCAAUUAAGGAGCAAUUUUAGUGGCAAAGGAGUUGCCAUUGUCGUUGAAAGGAGCAGAGGUAACAGCCACUGGUGGCCGCUACAAUCUACACAGCAGCAAUAGUACAAAUUCAAGCGACGUAUCUAGUGAUACAGAUGUACACAUAUGUACGUGUGUAUACGUACGUAUAUGUGUGUACUCAUGUAACGCGUAUGUGAUACAAAAUAACUUGACCCUAUGUGAGUAUAUCAUUUAACUUAAAUAUUUUCUAAAAAAUAUAAAGAUCCCCUAUGUAACCAAACAGGAUGUUGGGCAAGUACCAUUAGCGAUAACCUAUCGAGGUUGGAACAGAACAUGAAGGGGUGGUGGUGUGGGUAGCACUGUGCUCGGUUGCCUUUGUCUCCCCAACUGCUGAUAUUGACACACUGCACUAGGGACAUAAUUUAAGGCUAAGUCGAUCUAGGCGAGGCCCAGGACAGGUUCUGAUAGCACUUGCCACUCACUGAUGUUGUUUUCCGUGGCCGGGAAUCAAACAGGUCGCCGGGUUCGUAGCACAGUGUGCUAACCGCUGCGCGACCACUCCCCACACACACGCAUAUUACAUACAUAGACACAGCCAGAAACAUGAUUCAUACAUACAGACAUCAUAUUUAAAGUGCGAACACAUACACGCAUAGACUGAACACACACACACAUUUCAAGAGCCGCAUGACUCACAGGGCUAUACCUCAUAAAUGAACUGAUAUAUGUAUACAUAUACACGUCAGAAGAUAACAAAGACAAAGAUCCCCCAUAGAACAUUGACAGACUGUCGGGGAAAGUGCUGUGAGCGAACACGUCACACUAUGUAAGCACGUAUACAUACACUGCAUAUACACGGAUAGAUAAACCAGGAAUCUCCAUAUGUAAGCACACGCAUACAUACUGCAUACACAUACACUGAUCCAUACUCACACAAAAUAACAUUACAAUAUGUAAACGCACGUAUACAUACACAGUCCGUAGCCACAAACUUAGACCAAGACACACACGUACUGUUAGCGAGCACCUAUUAAGGCCGGGACGGCACACGAAGAGGUGGGUGGGCAGCACGACGGCCCGACCGUGUUUGUUUCCCCAAGUGCUGAUGUUUACACACCGCAUCCAGGUACUCGUUUAAUGCCUAGUCGAUCUCACGUAUGUAUCUAUAUAUGUUGAACUUCCAUCACACCGUACGUAGCGAACCGUGUUAAUCAGGAGGUGCAGUGAAGAACCACAAACCAAGACACACACGCAUGCCAUUCGCCACUGUGAGUAUUUGGCAGCAAUACAUUUCCAUGUGACAAGCCAUUUCGUUGGGCUAUCAUUUGUGGCCAGGUCGCUUCUGAAAAAGAUCUACAUAGCUCAGAGAGCCUCACCUGGUGAAAUUCAAAUAGAAGUGACUUUGACUUCGCUACAACAGCGCCCGCGCAAGGCUAGGUGCACCUUGAGACGCUCUAGCGAUGGACGCGGACGCGGAGCAACCUCGCUGGCUACAGCCACACUCUUCUGGAGCCCUCGGAGGUCUCGCGGGACUCUCAGCCCUGGACACCGCCAGCCACUCAACCUCCUUGCAUCUCCAAGGUCCCACCUCAAUGUCCCACCAUGGCUACACAGACAGCUCCACUCAUCACUCACACGAUGACCACCACCACCACCACCAGCAGCAGCAGCAGCAUCAUCACCACCAGCAGCAGCAACAACAACAGCAGCAGCAGCACCUUCAUCACCAGCAGCAGCAUCACCUGGAUGCGUUUUACAUCUCGGAUGUGCAAAGUGGCUGCUAUGGGUCUCAUCCAACCUACAGGACUUCCAUUGAGCCAUCCCUGAGCGAGAUGUCGCACAAGAUCUACGCCUCUCGUCUCUCGGGGGCCGCUCCGCAUCUCCUGCCAAGUGCCCCGCCGCUGCCCUGGCUCGACGGUGCCAAGACCCUGGCGCCGCACGGCCACGCGCACCACCCGGCCAGUGGCACAUCUUGGCCGCUGGGACCACCGUUCGGCAAACCGCCGCCGCCACCACCGCCGCCACCGCCACCACCACCACCUCUUCAACCGGCCCCCAUCGGAGCCGGAGUGGCAUACAGCAGCAGCCCGUCUUCGCUGACGCCCGGAUACUCGCCGAGUUACUCACCCGCUCACCACCACCACCCGGCUCACCACCACCAUCACCACCCUGCGCACCACCACCACCACCAUGCUCGAGCGCACUUCUUCAACUUCGGAGGCGCGACGAGUCCGCCGAUAAAAGACGGGUUAGAGAAGGACCUGGAGGCCAUGUCCGUGGUGGCAGACGGUGCUAAGGGAACGGACAUCUUAGGCGGUGGUGGUGGCAUUGGAAUUGGCGGCGUCGUUGGAGGUGGCGGCGGUGGGAUUGGUGUUGGCAUCGGUGGCACCGUCACCACAACCCACGUGCCCAUCCCCACGUACCCGGCGUACAUCCCGGCCGGUACCGAUUACGGCGCUGGCUUCUACCCGCAUGCUCAUCACCACCACCACGCCUACCACCAGCCCCACCACCACCACCAUGCAGCGGCGGCGGCAGCAGCGGCGGCGGCGGCAGCCGGGAUUCUGGGCAGAGGCACGAGUGCUCAUGCCUUCACCAAAUCCAAGAGCAAGGGACGCUCCGGCUCAGCGCUGAGCGAGCCUCAUGAGUCCGUUCCGGGGGGUUCGUGUGCCCUGGCAGACGGGCGCGAGUGCGUGAACUGUGGCGCCACCUCGACUCCGCUGUGGCGUCGCGAUGGCACGGGCCACUACCUGUGCAACGCGUGUGGCCUCUACCACAAGAUGAAUGGGCAGAACCGGCCGCUGAUCAAGCCCAAGCGGCGCCUGUCGGCGUCGCGGCGUGCCGGCACGGCGUGCGCCAACUGCCAGACGACGACCACCACGCUGUGGCGGAGGAACCCCAAUGGGGAGCCGGUGUGCAACGCGUGUGGCCUUUACUACAAGCUGCACAAUGUGAACCGACCGAUGUCGAUGAAGAAGGAAGGAAUCCAGACUCGCAAUCGCAAGAUGUCGAGCAAAUCCAAGAAGGGGCGCAAGCUGUCAGACGACCCCGACUUCGACCAAUCACGCGCGGCCGCUCUCCUUGACGCCAAACAGGGGCCGCCGAUGUUCGGCGGCGGUGGCGGCAGUGGUGGGUUCUCACCGAUGGGCCACCAUCACCACCACCCGCACCACCAUCCGCACCACCACCCACAUCACCACCACCCACACCACCUGGGUCACGUGACCCACUUUGGCGCAGCAGCGAUGGGGGCGUCGGGUCACGUGAUGGGGGCGGCCGCCGGUGGUGGAGGUCACGCGGGAGGGGGCGGCCUGGCAUUUGCCCCGUCGACGCAUCACUCCAGCAUGAUCACCGCCAUGGGUUAGGUUAUCGUUUGUCCAGUGUGGUCACUGCUACAGGUUAGUGGGAUCACCGCCAUAGGCUAGUUUAUUGGACUGAUCACAAUCAGUCCACCAUCAUCGCCACCGUGGGCUGGAUCAGCAGCGAGGAAGCUUAUCCUGCGCGGAGGUCAGAUGCAUGCCGCUACUUCAUUUCACACUGUCUGCAGUGGGCCCCAUGAGACCAAGCGCUCCAGAACAGCCGCCACUGCAAGUGUCUUAGCCAGAUCAAUCGGGUGUUAGAGGGGGGGAGGGGGGAGGAUUUUGUUUGUUGGCAUUGUGUUGAUGAGCAAUGGGGAUUGUCAAAUUAACGAUGGCAUUGUUAAUGAACAAUGACUAUUGGUGAACAGCGGCACUGUGGUGAUGGACCAACUGCCUUCAGGUUCACUUGACCAGCAAUCUCUUCAUUUGGCCAUCCGGACUCAUGAACCCCGCGGUUAACAAACAAAAAAUUUAAGAAAUGACGCUAUGACCUGGUGACGAAAAUUCCACAUGCCGAUGAUGGGCGGCGAUCCCUCCAAAUGAAGGACACCCACUCUUGACUUCCUAUAGAGUGCUGCUCGUUCCAUCUGCGAUGUUGAUAAUGAUGACGACGAAGAUGACGAUGCUGAUGAUGAUGACUAUGAUGACAAUGAUUAUUAUGAUGGCGGAUAUGAUUACGACGACGACAACAAUACUACCAUGAAGAUUACGAUGGACCGAGUCGAACCCACCCGCAACCCUCCCAAGCUCAUCAUCGCCCCGCGUCGCCCGCCCACCCUGCCUAAAGGUAUUGUGUUGGCGCUUGCCCCUGGAGAAUGGGCGUUGAACGAUAAACAUUGGACCGGUGAGGAAUGGCUCACAGGGGGCCGUGACUUAUGGUCGCCAAAACGUCGAACUGUGGUGCCCGCGCGAUGACACCGCCGCUGCCCGUGCUUCGAUCGUUCGACUGGCAGCAGUUCAGAUUGUCCACCAUGAGGCGACUCCGCUGGCUUACUCACCAACCUCGACGCGAAUGCAGAAACGCCGACGAUCAACCCCCACCGCUGUACGCAAGAAGAAGUGUCCAUUCAGGUCUAUAGGUCUCUGUGUGGCUCUGUGAGUCUUUGUGCGAGUCUAUGGGUUUCUGUGCGAGUCUGGGUCUCCGUACACGUCUAUAGGUGUCAAUGCAACUCCAUGGUGUCCUGUGCGAGUCUAUAGGUCUCUUUGUAAUGAUGCGAGUCUCUGUGCAAGUCUAUGGGUCUGUGUGACUCCAUGGAUUUCUACAGGUCUUCGUGCGACUCUAUAAGUCUAUGUGUGAGCCUUUAUCUUACACAAUGGCCCACGUAAGUAGCACCACUGCCCACUUUGAUUAUUCGCAAGCAGUAGCAGAGGCAAUUUCAGUCACAAGCUCUUGGAAGAUGUGGGGCCACGGUGCUGUAGCCUAGCCACCCACUCGUGGCUGAGACAGCUGAGCAGGCUGCUGCCACCACGUGUAUGUACUGUAUGUAUGUACUAAGCACCAGUUGUGUGUGUGUAAAUACACACGGCCCUUGUACAUAGCCUACUGCUUCGUGUACAUUGCAGUGUUAUUCUGUACACACUGCCCAACCCACCCCCCGCCAACACGCUCACUGCCGUGUACAUAUAUAUAAUGUGUGUAAUGUAUAUUGUGAAUGCAAAUGCUUUUACGAGUCGCUCGCUUACUCGCUCAUUCCAAACGGGAGUUUUCAUUUCCUUCCGCUCGAACGACGUAAAAUGUAGGGACUAUCAUGGAAGAGAACUCGGUAACCACCACGCACCAUCGCGAUCUAUUAACUCGGUAACCACCACCCACCAUCGUGAUCCAUUAACUCGGUAACCACGACGCACCAUCGCGAUCCAUUAACGGAGGGGAGAUUUCCAAAAUCCUUGCCUGUCAUUCGCAAAACAAUUUUAGGGUGGGGGGGGGGUUUGUACAACUGCAGAAGUAAAAAUGUGUGUCGUGCAUCCCACCUCCACCUGACAUGGUCAAUUUGUGAAGUAGUCACGGGACGAACAGCAGCAGCCGCUCCACUGGCGAUGUUGCUGUUGUUGUUGAAGAUCGAUCCACACGUUUGACAAACGCGUCAUGAACGAUUCGCUGGUGGUUACAGCUGGCGUCCCUCCGUGCGCAUCCAAUCAGCGACAGGUUGUCGCGUAGGGAGCGAAUGCGCCAAUCGAUUUGCUUUUAUCGGGUCGCGUUGAAAAGCGAGCACAAAAUUGGACGACGUUUUGGUCGUUUCGCUCACGACUACAUGCAGCAGCUGCAGCAUAAUCAUCAGGCGUUAACAAAAGCGUAAAAAUAACUUCCUGAUCUGAGUCCUUACAUUAUGCUAUUAUUUAGUUUUUCAUUAUACAGUCUGUUCUCCUAGAACGCGGUAGUAGUUUUGUUAUGGAAAAAUCACGUUACAAUGAAUAAUAUAGGGUAAUGAACAGUCCGCGAUAACACGUGAGAUGCAUACACAGACUAAACAAAGACUGAGGCGCGUGGGUCGCAUCUGGAAGCAUCCAGCAGAAUCCCACCUUGUGUGAUGAUACGCGCAACGUAGUUCCGCGUUCACUCGAUUGUGUUAUAUCCAAUUCGCAUCACGUUAUAAAAAUGUGUUCCCGAAUAUAAAAGACCCAGGGGCCGCCCGCGAUCACACGGGAAAGACAAAGUGGUGCACGUGGCCGAGGAGAGACCAGCUAUCCGGGAGCCACAGUUGAUGCCGCUGGUGGAGGACAAGGCAGGAUGGAAGGUCUUGGUGGAGUCGCUGCCCCUGCGACCCUGUCGAGGGCACCGCUGACGUUUAUUUGGGGAUGUGUGCAUGCGUGUGCGCAUCCGCCGCAACCUGUUGGUGCCGGUUCGUGGCUCCACGUUGAGGAGGCUACGAAUUCCGCCUCGGGGUUUUUCCAGUCUCGGGUAAUGAUGCACCGCAGGUGGUCUCGCUGAGAAAAUGGAAUGCACUGGCCAGUACUAGAGACCCAUAGACUCACACAGAGACGCAUAGACUCACACAGAGACCCAUGGACUCACACAGAGACCCAUGGACUCACACAGAGACCCAUAGACUCACACAAAGACCCAUAGACUCAUACAAUGACCUAUAGGCUCACAUAGAGACCCAUCGACUACCACAGAGACCCAUAGACUACCACAGACACCCAUAGACUCACACAGAGACAUAUGGGCCCACGCAGAGACCCAUAGACUCACACAGAGACCCAUAGACUCACACAGAGACCCACAGGCUCACACAUAGACCCACAUACUCACACAGAGACCCAUACACUCGCACAGAGACUCAUAGACUCACAGGGAUAUCCAUAUGUCCACGCAGAGUAACUGCACUGGUGCAUUUUUAUCACCAAUACACGUUGCCUCUGUGUUCCAAUUAUCAAUUUGUGCCACACAGAGACCCAUAGACAUGCAUAGAAAGACCACCACUGGUGCAUCAUUAUCAUCACACGCUGCGUCUGUGUUCAAAUUGUCAGUUAGUGCACCUGCACGCGCUAGCACCCGAGGCUACACAAAUCCGGGGUGGACUUUGUAAGCUGCCUGAACCUGGACCCACACUCAUGCAGCACUGAUGCACGAGUUUAACGUUUAGCUAGGUCCGCUUUUUAUGCGUUCGUGUGAACGAGUGGACUAAGUUGAGACCAGUUCUGGGCUCAAACGUGUUGGGGGGAUUGGGCAGGAAGGUUUGACAGGGAAAGCGGAAUUGUUUUGGCCAUUGUGACUCUUUGUCAGAUUUUUUAAAGCAACACCAAACGAUUCCCGCAAAAUUCACGAAAGCAAAUUCACACAGUCCGCAUUUUCAAAGGCUAAACACAGGAUUAAAGAGGAAACAGAAAUGGGGCUCACGCAUAGUUCAACCCGCUCCCUGUGCCCCCUGCAUCACGACAGAUACAACUUAAAAACAAAUAACUUAACUUAUUCCGCUAAAUGUUAGUGGCAGAGACAAAACAAUGGAGUGGCAUCUCAAGGGAGGGAACUCGCCCGAGAGGAUAUUUCCCACCCGGAGACGGAGAGGUGAAAUCUACUCGUGCCACGUGCAUCGUGCCACAGCUUGGGGGGGGGGGGGAGCUUUCAUCCAGCAGUGGAUAGAUCAUGGCUCACGAUGACGAUGAAGCCCAGUUAACGUUUUUUAUGUCAACUCGUUGAUAUUGAUCGUUACCCUCGUAAUGCACGCAUCGAGUCGCGGGUGAGAGGAACGUUGACGUUUGGCCAUUCGCAAUUUGCCGUCAUUGUAAUCGGUUCCCGUGACCUCUGCAGCCACUAGACACUGCUGCAGUCACCACGACGCACCGAUUGGUUCGUCGAUUAAAAUAUCGCGUGCGCCACAAUCUAUCAAUUACUACGCAUACAAAUGGAAUACUAAUAUAUAUGAAAGUUAAGUAUUCGGGCUAAAUGGAGCAAAUUAAAGCGCACAAAACGAGACGGAAGCAUUGAGAAUCAAUACAGAACGAGACGAGAGAAAAGAAACAUCAGCCAUGGUUAUUCGACUGCUGGAUGAGUAUCUCCAUCAAGCUGAAGCCACCUCUCACGAUCCUGCACACGAGUUGAAUCACUCGCUUCAUAUCCCUCAGUGGACGGCCUCUUGGUAGACAAACCAUCGAUCUGGAUCACUGGCGAGGUGAACGCUGAUGCGUGUCCACAGAGGAGAGCGACGGAACUGAAUGAAGUUUUUAAUGGAUAAAGCACUGAAAAGAAUUAAGGAUUCUAACAAAACAAGGAACGAAAACCAGCACGUUUUCUCAUAUUUAAAUACGUCAAAAUAGCGUUCCGUUCCAAGAUCAUCACAACAUUCCUUUUCGCAUUUAUCAGUGUUCCGUUCCAAGGUUAUAAUAACAUUCCGUUCCACGACAAUGACAUUCCGUUGCGACAUGUUCACGUUCCAAGACGCACAAUGGGACUCACGUCACAGGGCGCGUGACGUGCGCCGACGCGCGAUGACGUCACACUUCAUGACGUUACGGUCGCCUCGAUGGUUGCGAGGCGACUUUUCGGGCCUUUUGUUGUUGCUGCCCAGUUUUUGGGUCAACGCUUUUAAUCAAUGUGUCCGCAUUUCUCAAAAGUUCACAUUGGAUCAUCUUUACGAGAGUUUUAGUGACCCCCCCCCCGUCCCCCUGUCCCACCCCCAUGCCUUCACGCUUCGAACCUUGGUUGUAAAUCGUUAACAACAAGCAGUUUGUUCUGAGCUGUGCUUUACUAAAAUGAAGGAUUAACGUUGCAGAGAUAUACAAUUGUAUUAUUAUAUGUUCCAAAUGAAGGGAUGUUUGAUGAUUAUGUUAAUAAUAAAGUUUUUGAA